CCUUCGAGCGUCUCCUCACAUAUAUAAGAACACAACAAAAACAAAAAAACAAGACUUGUCUUCACGUAUACAGACCAAUCUUCGAACGUGUCUCACACAUUCUAGCUUCAUCCACGCGUGUGAACCAAGCAAACACGUGUGGUUUAGCGGCCCUCAGGCUCUCUUAGUGGGGCUCGCUCGCUCACUGAACCAACCAUCACAAACGUCCCGCCACGUGUUCCCUUCUCCUCUUCGUCUUCUCUAUAUAACCUCGCUCUUGUUCGUCGAUUCAAGAUCACAAAACCAAUCACAGAUCUUAAAAGAGAGAGAGAGAGAGAGAAGAUGUUCAUCGAUAGCUUUAAGGUAGAGAGCCCGAGCGUGAAGUACACGGAGAAUGAGAUUCAUUCCGUGUACAAUUACGAAACCACAGAGGUCGUCCAUGAGAACCGUGACGGUACUUAUCAAUGGGUUGUCAAGCCCAGAACCGUCAAAUACGAUUUCAAAACAGACACUCGUGUCCCCAAACUAGGGGUUAUGCUUGUUGGUUGGGGAGGAAACAAUGGAUCAACUCUAACCGCUGGUGUGAUCGCUAACAAAGAAGGGAUCUCGUGGGCGACUAAAGACGGAGUGCAACAAGCCAACUACUUUGGUUCACUUACUCAAGCUUCUUCGAUUCGGGUCGGAUCUUACAACGGCGAGGAGAUCUACGCUCCUUUCAAGAGUCUUCUCCCAAUGGUGAACCCAGACGAUGUUGUAUUUGGUGGUUGGGACAUUAGUGACAUGAACUUAGCAGACGCUAUGGCUAGAGCCAGAGUCCUUGACAUUGAUCUCCAGAAACAGCUCAGACCUUACAUGGAGCACCUGGUCCCACUCCCUGGUAUCUACGACCCUGAUUUCAUCGCUGCUAAUCAAGGGUCACGUGCUAACAGCGUGGUCAAAGGUACCAAGCAAGAACAAGUUGACCACAUCAUCAAGGACAUGAGGGAGUUUAAGGAGAAGAACAAAGUGGAUAAGCUGGUUGUUUUGUGGACAGCAAACACAGAGCGUUACAGCGAUGUGGUUGUAGGGCUUAACGAUACGAUGGAGAAUCUUUUAGCCUCUGUUGAGAAGAACGAGUCUGAGAUCUCUCCUUCUACGCUUUAUGCUAUUGCUUGUGUUCUUGAAGGCAUCCCUUUCAUUAAUGGGAGUCCUCAGAAUACUUUUGUCCCGGGGCUUAUUGAGUUGGCUAUAUCGAGGAACUGCUUGAUUGGUGGUGAUGACUUCAAGAGUGGUCAGACUAAGAUGAAAUCUGUUUUGGUUGAUUUUCUUGUUGGAGCUGGUAUCAAGCCUACUUCAAUUGUGAGCUAUAAUCACUUGGGAAACAACGAUGGGAUGAACCUCUCAGCUCCACAGACUUUCCGGUCCAAGGAGAUUUCAAAGAGUAAUGUUGUUGACGACAUGGUGGCUAGUAAUGGCAUCCUCUUUGAGCCUGGUGAACAUCCUGACCAUGUCGUUGUCAUCAAGUAUGUACCAUAUGUUGCGGAUAGUAAGAGAGCUAUGGAUGAGUACACCUCUGAGAUAUUCAUGGGAGGGAAGAAUACAAUUGUUAUGCAUAACACUUGUGAGGAUUCUCUUUUAGCUGCUCCAAUCAUCUUGGAUCUUGUUCUUCUCGCUGAACUCAGCACCAGAAUCCAGUUCAAAGCCGAAGGAGAGGGGAAGUUUCACUCAUUCCACCCAGUGGCUACCAUACUCAGCUACCUCACAAAGGCACCUCUUGUACCACCUGGGACACCGGUGGUGAACGCUCUAUCGAAGCAGAGGGCUAUGCUGGAGAACAUUCUUAGGGCUUGUGUUGGGCUUGCGCCAGAGAACAACAUGAUCAUGGAGUACAAGUGAAGGACAGUGAAGACAAAGAAGAAGUAAGAGCGAAAGGACCUAAGAUCCUUUGGCUAUAAGCUUUGGGAUCAAAUGUGUAAUAGAUUCAAGAGUAACUAUGUUUGUGUCUCCUUGUAUUAUGCCAAGUAUAUGAUCUAUGAAAAUGGGUAUUGAUAAUCACAACUUAACUUGUAUUUUAUCUCAUGAAUCUAUUCAUCAAUAAGAAAC